GCCCUUUCGGCUUCUGGGGCGCGCUGCUGGCUCGUGUUCAACUUGUCAUCAGCUGCAUUGGUGCAGGGGGCAAUAGUGUCAGCUGUUCUGGGGAGGUGCAGCUACAAAGGUGAAGGUGACCUGCUCCACUUGGCACCGAAGGAGAUAUUUGCAUCUUGUUUUAUGCAUGGCUUUUUGCCGCCUGCUGGCUCAGGAGGCAGCGGUGUGCUCUGCCAAGGAGCUGCUAUGCGCUAACACACAGCACCCCCUGCAAUACUUUCCUCACACAACGAUGUGCCGGCCCUCCAGAGUCUGUGGAUGUACCAAACAUCACACUGUCAGAAAUAAAUAAAUUGGUGUAAUGUGCUCUAUCUUUCAUCCUCAGUUACCCCUAGAGCCAGGUAUGGCUUCAACAGGACGUAUGUAUUACAUUUCACCGUUCUUGUAAACAGCGCCAAAAAGAUGAGUAAAUAUUACAGUGGGAAUUCACUCUGGUAGCAACCGCAUUCUUGUGCAGUGGAACUGUGAGUAUUUAAAUUCUGUAAUACCUCCCAGAUUUAACAGAGUGGGAGAGAAUCAUUUUAGGAAUUCUUUGGCUGACGUUGUACGGCCAAGUCAGGUGAACUGGAGUCUUCAAUUAAAUUUAAUUCCCAAGGAAUAGGAUAUAGCCACCGUUGAACUUAUGAGAUCCCACUGUGUGUGGGAGGCCACAAAAAUGCCUUUUCAAAAUGAUCCUUUUUGUUUCUUCCCGCUUCCUUGUUUCUCCCUGUGAGAAUCUGUCCAUUGCGCUUCAUCCAGACCACACUCCGAGUAAACAAUGGUUCUAUUCAAUUGCAGGGUAAGCACUAGCAACUUCAAAAUGUUUAAUCCAACAGCAAAGCGUGCCCUUUUCCUGUACAACUCUCACUGCAGGCUGAGUAGAGUAGAGAAAGGUCUUCUCUAUAGAUGUCCAAGAAAUGUUAUUCCAUUAGGUUUGGCUUAGAACUUUGGGCAUCCUUUGCAAUGGCAUUUUCCUUAAGCUUCAGGAUUGCUGUGAAGUUAGAAGGAUGCUGCCUUGCUCAUAAUGCGAUUUUCCUGUACUUUGAGGCUGUGCCAGGUGAUGCACUUUCACGAAUGAGGAAUCCUUGAGUCACUGCAGAUUCUUCUUUUGUAAUUUUUAAUAAGGAAUAAAUCUCUAUGCAAACCAAUUCUUAUAGAAAGACAGCGUAAGAAAGAAAAUCAGGAUCCAAGGAUUGUACCCAAGGCUACCUGAAGUUUUUGGGUGCAUUCACUGUAAAGCAGUUCAGAAACCAUCUAAAUAAUUUCGUGGCUCCUUUGAUUGGAGUAGUGCACACAGCAAUGUAGAACGCACCGGUUUUGAGCAUCGCUACUGGAAGAUAAUGCUUUUUUUUGACAAGCUGACAUUUAUAAUGUCAAGUACUUGAAUGGGAGUGAGUAGUUUUGAUAACAUCAGUUAUUCUCGGAGAUGAAACCAGGCAAAUAAAGGUUAUUUAUCUUAAGGUAAUACUUACGUGGCUUAAUUUUGAAACUCGCUCUUCCAGGCUUUGCUGUAUGAACUGUAACACCAGCAGGCAAUCCACGCACCGUUUUAAAGAGAUAGUUUUCCCUCUCCAUUUAAAAAUUAACUAAAAGGUAGAUAUGGCUGAAAAAAGAUCAGUUUUCAUACACUCACUAAAACCUUGACACUGAGUCAAAUGAAUUCUAUAAGGUUCAUAAUGGGAAGGAAGCUGAUGGGAGCCAAGGACUGCAGGCACCGGAAUGCCCUUCUCUUCAGAACUUGGAUUGAACCCCACUCUCAUAAAUCACGUUGUUUCUGUGCUGUCCCUCAGUAGCUGGGGUGGUCCUGAGCAACAUAUAUGUGGACUUUGAGAAGUGAACCCCUGUCCACUCUUUUCUGUUACUAAAACUCAGCAGUCACUUUAACUUGAUCUUUCUGAAGGCAACGCUGGUGGUUUUAAAACUGUAUCUGCUGUAUGUAUGACAUGUACAUGGUUAACUUGAUGAUUGUUUUUCCGUGUGCAUUGAGCUGCUGUUAAUAGAAAUCAAAUCAAUAAAAUACCCCCUCUCACAGAAUUGCAGGGGUUGGAAGGGACCUGAAGAGAUCACAGAGUCUAAUCCUCCUGCUAAAGCAGGCUAAACAGCCCCAGGUUACUCAGCCUUUCCUCAUAGGGGAGAUGCUCCAGACCCUUUAUCAUCUUUGUGGCCCUCUGCUGGACUCCUAGGAGACCCCUGUCUUUUUUUGAAGUUGGGAGCCCAGAACUGGACACAGUGCUCCAGAUGUGGCCUCACCAGGGCAGAACAGAGGGGGAGGAUCACCUUCCUUGGCCUGCUGGCCACGCUCUUUGUAAUGCACCCCAGGAUCCCAUUGGGCUUCUGAGCCACAGGGCACACUGCUGGCUCAUGGCCGAUCUGUUGCCCAGCCUGUUGUCUCCCACCAACUUUUCUUCUAAUUCUGUUAUUAAGCUUAAAAAAAGGCUCAAGCAGCCUUGUAGCUUUAUCACUAAGCAAAUAAAUGGUUGGGAGCUGGUUGGUUGCACUUCAUAUUUUAAACUGGUGAUGAACUGUCAGAGAAGUUAUUUCGUGAAGAUGUUGCAGUAACAGCAACUGUUGGCCACUUGCACUGGUAAUUGCAAGGUAAUUCUUGAGAGAAAGCGAAUGGACUUCCUCGCAGUCAGUUUGGGCCCAGCUUCCAUUAUUGCUGUCAGGUGGAGGUUUUGCACAGCCCUGCACAGGCCUUCAGUCUGUGUGUGUGCCUUGCUGCCUCUUCCUCCUUUCCUCCCGUGCAAAGCAGCGGUCUGGCUUGCUCCUCCCUUGUGUGGACUUCCUCAAACCACUCUAUAUGGAAGGUCACUUCCCUCUGUAAAUGUCUUCUCUGAAAGGUUCUCUGGCAAACCCUCUGCAACCCGCUCUGCAGAGGCUUCUUGUCCUCCUGGUUGCUGCAUAGCAAAGGACUCCUGGUAGGUCAAUCCUCGGUCAUAGGAGCUUCAGUGAGGAGCUACUGAGGAUAACUUCUGUGAAUCCUGAACACCUUAUGACUCAAAAAGCAGUCUUUCUUCAAGAUUGUAAACUUCUCUAAGUGGAAGUGUUCUGAACACAGGGGAUGCCACCAGCUGAUGCUCUGGGGUUCUGUCUGCUGCCGCUGUCGCACUGUGCCCUCCAGAUCUUGGACUCCCUUCUUGUUCCUGAGAUGUUACCUCAAAGGUUUUGUCUGUCUCUUGUUUAAUCCUGUCCCACUGCCAUUUUCUCUGACAUCUUCUCCAAACUGUUGUAUGACCGUGGUCAGCCAGAUGAGUAUGGCAGCUUUUUCAUGAGAUGUCUUCACGAUGUUUUAAUUUGGAAACCUGAACUGCUCUUUUGUGCCUUGAAAAUAAAAAUACAAAACAAACAAAAAACUACACAGGCGCAAUAACAACACGAAACUAUCUAUAGAAUCCUGCUAUUAAAAAAAAAAAUCAUUCUAAAAGCCAUGUUAAUCACAAAGGGUUGUAAUGUAUAAGAUUCAGUCUACUGACUGCCCCUGCAAGUUAACACACCUCCACAAAAGGAGCUCUCGGCUUUCCAGAAUGCCCCAGGGGUGCAGCAUGUGACAGUGCUGUCAGGAGCACACUUGUUUGUCUGAGAACACGAUUACACUCCUUUUAAUAAUCUAAGGAGAUCUCCUCUAGAAGGUUGUUCUUGCGCAGUAAUAGAUGCAGCCCAGCUAUCGUGUAUGAAUUUAACAUAAAAAGUAAACCGCUCCAGUCAUACCUAACCUAGAACUGUGCAUGAAAUCUUCAAGUGCACACUGGAAGAAAAUUCCAUCUUGAAGCAGUUCUUUGCAGAACGGUCUCUUGGUGGUGUUGAUAACAGCCAUCCAGCCUUCCUCUGUAAUCCACAACAAACUCCUUGUGGGUCAGGACUCGCCAAACAGAAAUGAACUUCACCUAAGCAACAAAUAUGGGAUUUAUCAGCAUGUCUUUCUGCUAUAAAAUAAUAAUUGUGUGGCCUUAUCCCCACGCAUGUGCAUCACAGUAGACUUUAUUCAUCACUCCAAAUGACCCUGUGGAAGUUCCUUAAAAAGUCAGUGCGUAUUUCACUUAAGCUGCACAGAUAAUUGAUAAAGGGCGAGUGUUGUCUGCUACUAGUAGAAGAGUGCUUCUCACAAUCCCAGAGCUCUGAUCUGCCAGCCCCAGUGUUCGGAUGAGACCAGUAAAAUGUGUGAAAGAUUCUGGGAGGUAACAUCUACAGCCUUUCUGAAUGGGAAGUGCUAGGUACUGCCUUCAGUUGCUGUAUGCUGCCAAGCGUCAUCAUCGCCUCAUUUUUCUGUCCUUCGUCUCUAAUCAAUUUGAAUGGUCUUAAUUCAUCUGAGGUCAAAUCUUCAUGUAUUUGCAUUAAAAUUGCUUGUAAGCCUUGAGGGGGAAGGGCAGGUUUUUUGUACACUUCUGCAUAGUGCAUGGGGUGAGAGGGAUGCUCUGGUGAGGACCAGCAAAAUUAGAAAUGUUCGCAGUGCUCGUGGUGGUGCUCUUGCAUGGAGAAAACUGGUAUUAUAACCCUUAGGAGCCACCUCAUUCCUGUUCUCGAGAGAGGUCUCUGAUAGCUCUGCCUGGUUAUUUCUUGCCAGCGUGUCCUUGUUUAGCACUUGGUAGCCAAUCCUCUAUGCCAAGAGUGAAUCUGCUACGAAAUGUAGUUGCAGACCCACAGUUAGAAAGCAAGCCCACUCUAGCCUUACUAGAGAGCACACUGAUCUCUGUAGCUGUGAAGGCAGUGGUCUGGGCUUCUGUGCAGGCAGACAAGCAGAACAUUUGCUGAGGACUGCCAGCAGGGCUCUCUGCUGCUGCUGGAGUGGGGUUGCCUCAUCUUUGCUUAUAUUGUCUGUCUAGUGUAGCCCUGGUUUUAUAACAUCCACUCAUUUGCUUUGUGUUUUGUUUUCAUCUCAUAGCCUGCAGAACUGGUUUACUCUAAUAUAUAUAUAUUAGAGAAAUAUAUAUUAUUAAUAUAUAUUAUUAUAUAAUGUGUAAUAUUUAAAACUAUAUAAUGCUAAUAUUAAUAUAUACUUUAUAUAUAUAUAUACAUACUUUAUGUAUACAUAUAUAUAUAUGUAUAUAUAUAUGUAGCUUCCAAAAUGCCCUCUUUUGUUGUCCUUCUGACCUUUUUUUUGUCAGUGACAACACUCAGUGGCACCAAAGUGUUCUCCUAUCUGCUUGCUGAGCACCUUGUGCUCCUCCCUUUAGCCACUUAUCACAGUGGCAGCUCUUCGUUGUGCAUGGAGAUAGGAGUGGUUGCUGAGUCCUCUUUCUUUAAUUAAUCAACAGCAGCUCAGCAGCUUGACAUCUGUGCUAUUUUGUAGUUGUUCUGCUGUUAGAAUCAAAGUGAGAGUUUCAAUUGUGGAGCCUCAUUUUGCUUGUGAUCUGUGAUUAAAUUACUGUAGUUAUGUAUACUGCUUAAGGGGGAACAUUAGCAAUCUGAGUGAUAUGAGCCUUAAUUUUCAGGACUGCAUUGUUCGUGUGUAUUAUUAUCAACCCACUGACUAAUAUCUAAGUAGCUUAGUAGCCUGCAGUUUGCAUUACACACUGGCAUUGAUUUUCAGUCCGGCUAAGGCUGUUGGAGGUAAUUACGGUGAAAUCCAUACUAGUUUAAGUGAGGAAGAGUGGCUGGUAAAUCCAGGACGGGAAUGCUGUACCACUGGACAGACAGAUAGGACUUUUAGCUGUACACUCCUCUUACUUUGCUGAAUGUUUGCAUUAUGUAGUUGUCCAGUUCCAUCCAUAACUGAGAAGGGGGCAGGACUCAUGGAUGCCAAGCUGCAACACUGUGCUGUGCCCAUGAAAUCAAUGCUUUUGACUAUCUUCUGCUAUCUCACAGACCAGCUUUUCCUGACAGGAGAUGACCUAGAUUUGUUGGAUUUUCCCUGCUGCUUCACAGCCUGAAUACACCUCUGCAGCCAGUCUUAAUGAGGUCACUUGCAUGUAUGAAGUUCUAGCUACUAAAUAAUAUGCUUAUGAGAUUUGGUUGUGCCAUGGGUUAUCUAGGUUUGCAGCAGGAAAUCUUGUGCUUUCUUCUCUGUAGGUUUUCCAUAGCUUCAAAUUAAAGCUCUGAGUCCAUUGAUGUUCUUGGUAGCCUGAGUGUAACGCAGCUGAACAACCACAUGCAACUUGUGAAUAAGAACUGCAUAUGCUGCCGUUGGCUUUCUGACAGUUUCCAGUGUCAUUACCAUGUCAGCCCCUUUCUUUCUGGGGAAGGUGAUUGACGUCAUUUACACAAAUCCCAGCGAUGACUUCACUGACAGCCUGUCCAGCCUGUGUGCCUUGCUGAGUGGAAUCUUUCUGUGCGGUGCUGCUGCUAAUGCUACUCGUGUCUACCUCAUGCAGACUGCAGGUCAAAGAAUUGUGAAACGUUUGAGAACAACCAUGUUCUCCUCUAUUCUGCAGCAAGAAACUGCUUUCUUUGACAAGACCAGAACAGGAGAGCUGAUAAACCGCUUAUCUUCAGAUACAGCACUCUUGGGCCGUUCACUGACUGAAAACCUUUCUGAUGGGCUCCGAGCAGGAGCUCAGGCAUCUGUGGGGGUUGGAAUGAUGUUUUUUGUGUCUCCUAGUCUUGCUGCAUUUGUUCUGAGCAUUGUGCCACCCUUGGCUAUCCUGGCUGUGAUUUAUGGAAGGUACUUGCGAAAACUUACUAAAAUGACCCAGGAUUCUCUUGCAGAAGCAACACAGUUAGCCGAAGAGCGUAUCGGAAACAUAAGAACAGUUCGAGCUUUUGGGCAAGAAAUGGCUGAAAUGGAGAAAUACACGAAUAAAGUUGAUUAUGUGCUACAGUUGGCUAAAAAAGAGGCACUAGCUCGGGCAGGUUUCUUUGGAGCAACUGGCCUUUCUGGAAACUUAAUUGUCCUCUCAGUGUUAUACAAAGGAGGAUUACUGAUGGGCAGUGCGUAUAUGACCGUUGGCGAACUCUCUUCAUUCCUAAUGUAUGCCUUCUGGGUUGGAAUAAGCAUAGGAGGUCUGAGUUCCUUUUAUUCUGAAUUAAUGAAAGGAUUAGGUGCUGGUGGACGUCUAUGGGAACUUAUUGAGAGGAAGCCACAACUUCCCUUUAAUGAGGGAAUCACAUUAAGCAAAGACACAUUCAGAGGCGCUUUAGAAUUCAAGGACAUUGAGUUUGCUUAUCCCACACGUCCAGAAACAUCCAUUUUCAAAGAUUUCAGCCUUUCCAUUCCAGCUGGCUCUGUGAUGGCUUUGGUUGGCUCGAGUGGCACAGGGAAGUCAACUAUUGUGUCCCUUCUACUAAGGCUGUACGAUCCUAUCACAGGUACUAUCACUGUUGACGGUUUUGAUAUUCGUCAGUUAAAUCCAUUGUGGUUCAGGACAAAGAUUGGAACAGUGAGUCAGGAACCAAUUCUGUUCUCCUGCUCUAUUGCUGAAAAUAUUGCCUAUGGUGCAGAAGAUCCAUCUACUGUGACUGCAGAGGAGAUUCAGAAAGUUGCCGAAAUAGCAAAUGCUGCUCAUUUUAUCAGAGAUUUUCCAAAAGGAUUUGACACUGUAGUUGGAGAAAAAGGCAUUCUACUUUCAGGUGGACAGAAGCAGCGAAUUGCAAUUGCUCGAGCUCUGCUCAAGAAUCCCAAAAUUCUUCUGUUAGACGAAGCAACAAGUGCUCUGGAUGCUGAAAAUGAGUACCUAGUGCAAGAAGCUCUGGACCGGCUGAUGGAAGGGAGGACAGUCUUAAUCAUCGCUCAUCGUCUGUCUACUAUUCAGAAUGCUGAUUUUGUGGCAGUCCUCGGUCAGGGCAAAAUUCUUGAAUGUGGAAAACAUGAGGAACUCCUUGCCAAUCCAAAUGGACUUUUCAGAAAACUAAUGCAGAAACAGGCUUUUCUCCAGAACAGUGAUAACUUUGCAUUAGACAUACAAUCCAGAGAAAAUAAUCUAUUAAAAGAAAAUGUAUGAGGGAAUGUAUGAACGAUGGAAGCUUACUAAUUAUGAAGAAUGUAACUUAUGUUCCAGUAAUGUAAAGUAAAUGUUAUAUUUUUCCAAAAUGUACAAAAUAUCCUUUUGAAACUUAAAUGUGUUUAAACUUUGUAUUGAAAGCUUUUUGAUAAUUAUUGUAACUUUUUAAAAUGUCUGUCACGUUCAGACAGUGUCAGAGGAAAGAUGUUUGUGCUUUGUGUCACGUUAGCCGAGACCAUUUAGAGCCGUGUUUGCUGUAAUGCACUGUAUGGCCAUGUGCUGCGUUCACAAGUAAAUUCAGUAUUUUAAGGGGAA